UUCGAGCGGGGAGGAGGUAGCGGUUCAGUCGACGAGGAGACGCCGUGUUGUGAGGAUCAACAGGUGCGAACGUACGUCCGUCGCCCGACAACAGCAUGGGGAACAUUUACAUCUGCAGCCUGCUCGUCGUACUCGCCACGUUUCUCGUCGCGGUGCAAUGCGGUGAUAUAAUGCGCAAGAGCAUCGUCUUCGACAAAAACACCCCGGACGUGUUUUACUGUCCGCAACACAAGCCGAUCGGCUUUGAGAAGAUGCUCGUCAAGGCGCAGCCGCUUCGGAAGCUCUGCGAGUUCGAGGGUCGCCCGUUACCCGAGGACUAUAAAAGUGAUUGUUACAACGACGUCGACGAAACCGAGUACGCUUGCAAGGAAAAGUACAGAAUCAUGAAGCGAUCCGGAUGGAUCAGUAAUCCGGAUGCGAAAGCCAUCGACAACAUCGACUACAUCGAGGAAGUUGUCGACUACAAGAAAUAGAGCAGGGAAUGACGAUGCACGGCCGCAAAUCCACGCGCACGCAAACCCAAAUAAAAUCAAAGCCACACCACUACUAAUGCCUUGGGGCCGCUACAUUGUAGCUCGAAGAGCUCGAUAUAUUCACAGAACAAAAUAAUACUAUAAAAUAAUACUCAAUACGGCGACGUAGAUAAUUUGUAGUUACUGCCUGAAUCGAUUGUCCAUUUCUUCAUGUAACAAUGAUUAGUAGUUUUUCACGUUGCACACAUACUCUUGAUAAACAAUAUAGCCAAGUCACUGUUGCACUGAAUAGAAGUCGUGAAAGAUUAAUAAUAGAAACAUGAUACUCGUAAAAUAAUUAAUUCUCCAUAGUGCAAAUUUUUCUACGAAUUUAUCAUAGAAUACGAGAUACAGUAAUAUCAGUAUAUUAUAUUGUUUAAGCUUCGAAUUAAUUUUUAUAACAUUAUUAAUAAAACUAACCGCAAUGGAGCUGGGCAAUUGAUCAUUAAUCCUUUGCGUUUCGGGAAGUUUGUUGCUUUCAAACGUGAAUCCAGAUAGUUAGCAAGUUAUUAAUCACACCGCCAUCAGUUAGUUUAUAAUGCUUAAGUACGAUUAGUUGGGACGUUGUCUUGAAUUGAUCAAAUUUCACUGACAAUUCACAGUAAUCUGAAAGAAAUAAUCAAAUGCACUUAAAAUUAAAUACGAAUCUCAUUAACGAAAGGACCAAAUUUAAUUGUGUAAUUUCUGAACAAAACUGUUAAUGGUAGAAAUUUGCCACCAACCUGUAAAAUAUUCCAUCGCUGUAUAAAAAUUUUUACUUCCAAGACGCACACAAAUAAAACAUUUUUGUAGAAUA